CAAGAGAUGGCGAGGGAAGCAGCCCAGAAGAAAAAGGAUGAAGCAAAGCAAUGUGCGGCUGCCAAAAAGGCUGUGCGGUCAGCACGACAGGCAGCACAGGGUGCUGGUGCUUGUUUUACCGGCUCGUUUUCUGCAAAGAACAAGGACAAUCUUAUUGAUAUUGCCAGCGCCCUUCAAAUUUCUACCGCAGGGACCAAACCGGAGCUCUUGAAAGCCAUCAAAGAAUACUUCGACUCCCAUCCAGAGCUGAAGAAUGACGAGCACUUUGUUGGCCUUUUCACUGGCUGUUCUCGUGCCAGAAAAAAA